UUCUCAAGGUUGACAGAGAGGUUUGUGAAUGGGGUGGAUAUAUUAAUGGACACAUUCUGGAGAAUAUGGACUGAUUUGUUAGAUGUUCUUGGAAUUGAUGCCUCCAACUUGACUCAUUAUUUCAGCCCAGCGGCGAUUGCCAACAACCCGACCCGUGCUCUUCUGCUGAUUGGUGCCAUUUUACUUGCCUAUUGGUUUUUAUCUCUCUUCCUCGGAUUCUUCUUCUAUCUUCUGCACAUGCUGUUUGGCCGCUUUUUCUGGAUCGCGAGGGUCGCCCUUUUCACUCUCUCGUGCGUGUACAUCCUCCAGAAGUACGAAGGUGACCCAGAACACGCAGUCCUGCCUCUCUGCUUUGUCGUAGCUGUCUACUUCAUGACAGGGCCGGUUGGAUUUUACUGGAGAAGAAACAGCAACAGCAGCCUUGAGGAGAAGAUGGACCACCUCGACAGCCAGAUCAGACUUCUGAACAUACGUCUUUCCAGGGUGAUCGAAAACCUGGACAGAGGCAGUGACCAGUGAACCGACCCCUAUAGACCACUGUACACCAGCUCUAGAGAAUUCCUAAGCACUGUCUCAUUCGAAGUUACAAAGCAACAAAACAUCACAUGGUAAAAAGUGUGCAAAGUUAUAACUUUUCAUCAUGUGUAAGACUAAUUUAUCUAGAUUAUACACUCAGCCAUUAUACUUGUAGGAAAAAAAAAAAUUUAAAAAAUUCAGCUGUAUAUUCAGAGAGUUUUAUCCAGUACUAGAAUUUUCUCAGUAGGUAAACGCUUACUUUUACAAGCAUUUAAAAACAUCUUUUGUAAAGUUUUUAUAAAAGCAAAUUGAGUAGUCUUUCAGAUAUUGAAAUUGAGCUAAACAUAUGCAAAUUUGACACUUAAAAAGUUAAAAAGAAAAAAAAAAAUCUACCAAACACUUUCAUUGAGAAGUAACUGCCGUGGGUCCACAUUUUUUUUCAAAGUUGUGAAUGUUUUUGGUUUAUUGUUGGCUUAUUUCAUUGCCUUGAAGUUGCCUUUCAUAGAGUAUCAGAUGAGGAAUUUUCUGGUAUCCAGGCCAAAAAAUU